UCUUUAGUUGGGAUCUAUUUGUAAUUGAGGUGUCGGGUAUUUCAAGUUGACAGAGACUCUUCUACAGUACAACGAAGGGUUAGACACCGGAAGGUGCAAAGGUUCUUGGAAUAGUUUUCUUGUUGAAAGAGACAGCUUUUGCUGGGGUGAGUUUAAAGUAUAACUUUGAAGGCCAGCUCAGCUUUGUCGCAGUCGUUGUAAAUGAACGUAACCGCAGUUCUACCAGAAGUUGUACAACAAAGAGGAAAAGAAGAACUACUUGAGCACUGUACACCAACGAAUGACGACCAAAAGUCUGCCAAGGAGAGUGGGAAGAAUUUCCCUCAGGUCUUUCACAGAUGUGGGGAUCUGGGAGUGGGAAGAGUGUCAGGACAGUCACAGUUGGAAUCUAGAAAGUCUUUCGAAUCGGGUAAACCGCCUGUUGUUCGGAUGGAUACUACCAAGAAAUCAACAGGAGGACAAGAACGAGUUGCCUCCUUCACAGAUGCUGUAGGAGAACAGUUGAAAGCAGAUUUCUCGCCGUUAUCUCGGAAGUUAGGCUUAUCUUUCGGGGAUAAAAGCUCCUGUGUUUCAGAAAAUAAACUCAUGAGUCCCUUUCGUUCCACGUUGUUGGAGACGUCUACGUUGACUGAGGAUUUGAGGAAUCUGGGGCUUAGCUCAAGUGAAGAGGAAGAAGAAGAAAAUGAACUAAAAGAAGCUUUUAAUGGGAGGAGAAGGUCCCUUGACGACAAAAAAUUGUGUGAGGAUGAUAGAGAAAGAACAGUAGAAAGGACAGAGCCUGAGACCUGGAAUUCUCCUUACACUGCAGAGAAGCUCACGAAGAGGAAUAUUGUCCAGUCGUCAUCUUAUCCUCUGUUUACUUUCAGACCGUAUCAUUUCGAUACUAAGGAUCUUUCAACAAAGGAACUAGAAGAUACUAUUCGCCAUUCACUUUCAGAAGCAAAUAGGCAAACUGUGUCGCCGCCCUCCUCCACGGAAACAUCCUCGUUUGUAAACCAGGCAAGGUCGAAUCAUACAAUUGAAACAUCUGAUUUGUCUGAUGCUAUUUCCCCGUAUGCUCUACAAAGGAAUGCUUCUUCAACUUUUCCAUAUUAUUCAAAUAAUAAUGUCCCACCUGCGCCUUGGAUGACACGUUGGAAAACUAGAAUGUGUAAGUUUUAUCCAAUGGGCAUGUGUAAGAAUGGUUCCAAAUGCUCUUUUGCACAUUCCGCGGAAGAGUUGCGUGAACCUGAGUCAUUUGGUCAGUCGCACUCAGCAAAUGAAGUUGUCCAAGCUUCUGGUAGUUUUUCCUUUUAUGAUUUGGAGAGCUCGUAUUUAAGAGCACAGAAACUCGACUUGUACGGUUCCGAAGGUCAUGGUGUUCCUUCUGCUUCAUUUAAUAACAGAAGUUUUGUUCCUUCAAGACCUGAUAGUGUCGUUGGGCAUAACUUUCAAUCAGUCGACAAUAGUAUGGAUGAGAAUUUAUCACCUUCCGCAAGCGUUUAUGGGAAUAACCAAGGGAAGUCUGUUCCACCUGCGCCUUGGAUGACGCACUUUAAAACAAAGAUGUGCAAAUUUUUUUCUGCUGGCGAGUGCAAAAAUGGCGACAAAUGUUCCUUUGCACAUUCAGUAGAAGAGUUGAGAGAUCCACCACCUCCGGAAGUAAACGAAGAAAGGAGGAGAAGAUAUCUGAGGAGACAGUUGCAACAAGUUGGUCUGAUGAAUGAGCGAAAUAGCAAAGUUUUAUCAUUUGCUGGGGAACAAGAGAACUUGUCCAGUCAGGGUAUUCCAGACCCCUUUGCAAAUAUCAACUAUUUUAGAAUGCGAGAGCAAUUAUCAGGCAAUAGUUAUGAUCCGUACUAUCGAGACGUUCCAAAGUUACUAAGUGAACAGGGCCAAGCUAGUGGAGCAUUUCGUUCUCCUAAGAAGAACCUUAUGUAUUCUUUAUCAUCUCCGCAACUUGGAGGUUCAGCGGAUGUUUCAAGUAAUAUUCAUCGAUCAUCUUCCUAUUCUUUUCUGGAAUUGAACAGUGACGUAUUUGAUAACGAUUUGACAAAUUGCUCGGGUCAAUCUGCUUUCCCGUAUUAUGGAGACAGCAAUGUUACCCACUCUAAAGGUGCGAAUCCCGAGUUUUCGUACGUAGGAUCGUAUAAGGAUAGUUUGAGGAGAAGUGUGGAUUCUAGCAGCAGGUCUUCUUGUAAUGUUCGGAAAGGACCAAGUACUCUUUUAAAGUCUUUUAAUUUUUCCAAAAUGGCUGAUCCUCUGUAUCCUGUGGGUUCAGGAAGUCGAAAAGAUUUCAGUGAAGCAGAAAUGGAGGCGACUUCGGAUCAAAGGUCACCUGAUUUGAUUAAAACACCACGUGCCGUUCAACAGGAAGAGAUAUGGGAUGAAAUAGACCGUGACAUUCUUCAUGUAGUAUUUGAUGAAGCUAUGGAGUCAAAAAACAAUUGAAGUGAUCAAGUGUUUUCUUAU